AUGUGGUCUUUAAGCUUGCUCGCCUCUGCGACGGCUGUUGCUGCUGUCCCUCAAUUCGGAGGAGGAUACGGAGGAGGAGGAUGGAACCACGGCUGGGGCAAGGGACCUUGGAAUCACCCUGAUUGGCACGGCGGGCAUCAUGGCUACAAUCAGACGGGAGAGUCGCAGCAAGAAGCCAGACAGCGCGCUGCUGCUGUGAAGGAGAUGUUUGAGUUCUCGUGGGAGGGAUACUACAAAUAUGCUUUCCCCAACGACGAGCUCCUCCCCGUGAACAACAGCUUCAGCAACUCGAGGAAUGGAUGGGGUGCGUCGGCUGCGGAUGCCCUGUCUACCGCUCUGGUCAUGGGCGAGAAGGACAUUGUGAACCAGAUCAUCAACUACGUUCCUAAGAUCAACUGGUCUGUGAGCUACGAGAACGAGGCUGUCAGUUUGUUCGAGACGACGAUUCGUUAUGUGGCUGGACUUCUGUCUGGAUACGAUCUUCUGAGCGGGCCACUAAAGUACCUGGCGGAGGACCAAAGCAAAAUCCCAAUUCUCCUCGAGCAGGCUAGGAAUCUCGCCAACAACCUCAGCUACGCCUUCGACACUCCAUCUGGUGUGCCGUCGAACAACCUCUACUUCAACAACCGCAGCACAGACGGCUCCACCACCAAUGGCCUGGCCACAGUCGGCACGCUCGUUCUUGAGUGGACCCAUCUCUCAGACUUGACCGGCGACCCAUCGUACGGCCAGCUUGCACAAAAGGGCGAGAGCUACAUCCUCAACCCAUCGCCCCCAUCAAGCGAGCCAUUCCCUGGUUUGGUUGGCACGAACAUUGCCAUUUCCAAUGGAUCCUUCGUGGAUGCCGUUGGUGGGUUCAACGGUGGCGACGACAGUGCUUACGAAUACUUGAUCAAGAUGUACGUCUACGACAGCGCCAGGUUUGGACAGUACAAGGAUCGCUGGACCCUCGCCGCCGACUCCGCCAUCCAAUACCUCGCCUCGCACCCCUCCUCCCGCCCCGACCUCACCUUCUGCGCCACAUACGACGGCACCGUGACCAACAACAACUCGCAGCAUCUCGCCUGCUUCGACGGCGGCAUGUUCCUCCUCGGCGGCCUGGUCCUCAAAGAGCAAAAGUACACCGACUUCGGCCUCCAGCUCGUCGACUCCUGCGAGGACACCUACUCCCAAACCCUCACGGGCAUCGGCCCCGAGUCGUUCAGUUGGAACACGACGGACAUCCCUGCGAACCAGACGGCGUUCUAUGAGCGCGCGGGUUUCUGGAUCACGAAUGGGAAUUACAUCCUCAGGCCGGAGGUUAUUGAGAGUUUUUAUUAUGCUUAUCGGGUUACGGGCGAUAGGAAGUAUCAGGAUUAUGCCUGGAGCGCCAUCCAAGCCAUCAACACCACGACCCGCGUGGGUUCAGGCUUCUCCUCCAUCAACGACGUGAACGCCGCCGGAGGUGGUGGAUUCAUGAACUUCCAGGAGUCGUUCUGGUUCGCGGAGGUGCUGAAGUACAGCUACCUCAUCCACGCCCCCGAUAACAUCUGGCAAACCAACCACGACGGCGCAAACUCCUACGUCUUCAACACAGAAGCCCAUCCUAUCAAGGUCGCGGGAACUCCCAUCUAA